AUGGGAGACUAUCACGCUUCAUCAGACAGUGGUGUCGAGGGUGUCGGUCCCGAUGAAAAACCGCAGCCCGUGGCCACGCAUGUGAAGCCGGGCCAACGCUUGUCAGCCACGUCGGUUGAAGAGACGAAACGAAAGAUUGAUGCCAUCGCCGAGUCGCUCUUCCAGCCACCAAACUACAGCAACCCAGGCCAGAAGCUUAUAGAUCGCUACAUUGACGAGCCUCGAGAGCUUCGCGUGGCUGUCAUUGGCGCUGGACUGAGUGGCACACUUUCUGGAAUUCUACUACCAGCAAAGGUACCGGGUAUCAAGCUCACCAUCUUUGAGAAGAACGCCGAUGUGGGCGGAACUUGGUUCGAGAAUAUAUACCCUGGUGUGCGAUGCGAUGUUCCUGCACACGUGUACCAGGCGACUUUUGACCCCAAUACGCAAUGGUCGGAACAGUUCGCUCAGGGAGCCGAGAUUCGUGACUAUUGGCAGGGGCUCGCAAAGAAAUACGACCUAUACAAGUUUCUACAGCUGUCUCAGCGCGUUGAGGGUCUGAACUGGGACGAUGUGAAGUCCGAGUGGCAGAUCAGUGUCCGGGACCUCAAGACAGACGUACUACGGACCGAGACAGCCGAUUUCGUGCUCACAGCAAUCGGUCGUUUCAACGCCUGGAAGCUGCCUGACUAUCCUGGCAUCGAAGACUUCAAAGGAACCCUCCGACACGCCUCGAACUGGGACCCUGAAUUUGAUCCACGCGGGAAGAACAUCGCCGUCGUUGGCAACGGCGCCAGCGGCAUCCAGCUCACCUCGCAUCUUCAGCGCGUGGCCGGGCGGCUUGACCAUUAUGCCCGAAACAAGACCUGGGUGACCGCCUCUUUUGCUGGUCAUGACACUUCACUCGACCCGCUUCCAAUCUCACAAGAGCAGCGUGAUGCCUUUAAGCAAGACCCAGACGCGUACCUGAAAUACCGAAAGGAGCAAGAGAGCCAAUAUUACCGUGGAUUCAACGGCUAUCUCAAGGGCCACGAGACGGUCGAGUCUCAGCGCGAGUCCUUCAAGAAGGCCAUGAACGACCGUCUGGCCAAGCGCCCUGAUCUCGUCGAUGCCCUCAUCCCUGAUUUUUCUCCACACUGCCGUCGCUUGACACCAGGACCCGGCUACCUCGAGGCUAUCACGGCAGACAAUGUUGACUAUAUCCGUACCAAGAUCAAGCGGGUCACUCCAACGGGCAUUGAGACGGAAGAUGGACGCCACCGUGAGGUCGACGCUAUCUUCUGCGCUACCGGUGCCAACGUCGACAUGGUGCCCCCUUUUCCCAUUGUUGCCCGCGGCGAGGAUCUCUCUCAAACCUGGCGCGAGGGUGGGAAAUACGGGUUUCCAUACACAUAUCUCGGUGCUGCGGCACCCGACUUUCCCAACCUUCUCUUUGUCCAUGGACCAGGUGGUUCAGGACGAUCAGGAACGGUGCCGCACAAUGUGGAGAAUCAGGUUGUCUUUUACGCGCGAAUCCUGCGCAAGGCAGCAAGGGAGGGCAUUCGCACGAUUCAACCGAAGAAAAGAGCAGCUGAACAGUACACCCAGUGGUCAGACGCCUUCUUUGCAACAACGGUGCUCUCGGAAGGGUGCAGCUCCUGGUAUAAUGGCGGCAAGCCGGGGGCCAGGAUUCACGGUCUCUGGCCAGGCAGCGCAUCGCUUGUGACCAUGGUUCAGCGAGAGCCAAGGUGGGAGGACUGGGAGUACGAGUACGUAGAAGAGAGCGGAGGCAACCCGUUUCUGUGGUACUUCGGAAAGGGCUGCACCAAGAAGGAAUUGACGGAGGGCACCGAUAUGACAGACUAUUUAGUACGAGCGGACAAGGUUGACCUGAGAGAUGUUCACGAAGGAUGGUACUCAGUGCCGUAG